GUUGUUGUGUGCUUUCAAGUCAUUUCUGACCAUUUGCAAGCCUAUCCCAGCGUUUUCAUGACAAAUUAUAUCACUUCUUUCUCCCAGCACAGAAUUCCAGGCAUAUGAUAACAAGUUAAAAUGCAACUAUCAAGAAAAAUGAUUAGUUCAAAAGAUUAAAAACAAUUAAAUUGCGGUUGUAUUAAUGCAAAGGAUGAAUGAAUACUGCCUUAACCUGCAUUCCCACAAAGUUUCAAAUGCUGCCCUACUGCAUGCAGGGAAGCAGGCAGCCCACGGUGGAGAGAGAGCAAAGAGGCACCGGAGAGGAAAGGCCUGGGACACUCGCACACGCAAGCAGGUCACGCCACUUUACGGACAACAAUUGCUAACCAAUGCCAUGCUCCUCAGUUGAUCGUGAGCAGUGGAAAACUGCAUGCAAGACAAUACUUCAGAACCUUCCACUUCCAUAACUCAACUGCUGAGAGAGAGCUAUCUAGCUGAAAACAGCCAUCAAGGGAAUAGCGAAAGGAGUAGAUCAGAACCAUCUCCACAUUCUUUCCAUUGUGGCGAUACCUCUGGGACUUCUGAUGAGGUGCCUGGACAAGAUGACCUUCCCGAUCUUUCUGCUUUUUUGAGCCAAGAAGAGUUGGAUCAAAGUGUGAACCUGGCAAGACAGGCCAUCUCUCAAGAUCCCCUUGAAAGCAAGCCAGAUGAACAGGUUCAUGUGUUUUAUCCCUCUGAGUUGAAAAACUCUGGAAAUACAGUUUCUAAAAAACCACAAUUCCAGCCUUCAUCUUCACCGACUUUGGACAGCAGUCAAAAGAAGCAGACAUCCAGUUCAGAGGCUGAGUCCAAAAAGGAAUUCCUGAACAAGGCUGCUGAUUUUAUUGAGGAGCUGUCUUCACUUUUCAAAGCACACAAUUCCAAAAGAAUCAGACCCAGGACAUGCAAAAACUACAAAAGCAAACUUGAAUCUAAAAAUAAGGCUGCCCAAGAGAGCAGUUGUGCUUUUUCAAAUCUGUCAGAAAACAGAGAAAGGCCUUGUGCUCCAGUAACUCAAGAUUUAGAUAAAACUGAGCACACACUUGAACAACCAGAUAAACUUCUUCAGGCAGACUUGGAAGCUGUAACUACAUUAGAAAUUUCAGGUUUAACUACAGAAUCACCUGCAGCAUCUUUUAAUUCAGACGAGCCUUUAGGCCAGCCACCACAUUUUACUCAAAAACUGAAGAGCAGGGAGGUCCUUGAAGGAACCAAAGUGCAGUUGGAUUGCAUUGUGGUAGGAAUUCCAACACCUGAAAUCAGGUGGUACUGUGAAGGAAAGGAACUUGAAAACUCACCAGAUAUUCAAAUCAUCCAGUCAGGAGACUUGCAUUCACUGACAAUUGUUGAGGCUUUUGAAGAAGACACAGGGCGUUACUCCUGCUUUGCUUCUAACAUCUAUGGGACAGAUUCCACUUCUGCAGAGAUUUUUGUAGAGGGAGCCUCAUCUUCUGAAUCUGAACCUGACAGCAGCAAAGAAGAAAUGGAUCAAUAUCAAACCCACAGAAAGGUUUCUUCAGAUGUGCCACCACCUCCUGUUAAUACCAUAGUCUCCCAUCAAGAAUCACCCAAACCACAACCUUCAAUCAUACAGCCUGUGUCAAUACCUGUUCAUUGUCAAAGCCCUACUAAUUAUUUACAAGGAUUGGAUGGAAGACCCAUAAUAGCUGCUCCUGUGUUCACCAAGAUGCUACAGAACAUAUCUGCCUCUGAGGGUCAGCUGGUUGUGUUUGAAUGCCGUGUAAAGGGAGCACCUUCUCCAAAGGUUGAGUGGUACCGAGAAGGAACAUUAAUAGAAGAUUCUCCAGACUUCCGAAUAUUACAGAAAAAACCUCGUUCUAUGUCUGAGCCAGAGGAAAUUUGCACAUUGGUCAUUGCUGAGGUAUUUUCCGAAGAUUCUGGGAGUUUCACUUGUACAGCAAGCAAUAAAUAUGGGACAGUUUCCAGUUCAGCUCAUCUAACUGUAAAAGGACCUGAGGACCAGAACAAUAAUGCUGUUCUUCAUAGUGUAAGUUCCAUAAGUUUGUUUGCUGCUGAGCACACACCUUCAGCACCUGUCCCUUCCCUCCCAUUGGUGGAUCACACACCCAAACCUAAACUGGAAGGAGUUCUUAUCAAUCACAACGAGCCCCGGUCAAGUUCAAAAGCUGGACUUCAUGUGCACUUUAAGUUGCCAGAAGAUGAUAAAGGAAGUGAAGCGUCAUCAGAAGAUGGUGGAGGACCUGGAAAUCAAAUCAGACCAAAUAGCUUCCCAGACAAGUUGAACGGACAAAUAUUUAAAAUUCAGGAGCCAACCUCCCCUUCAAAGGAGCCACCUCCUGUGCUGGCUAAACCAAAGCUGGAUCCUACCCAGCUAAAACAGCUGCACAACCAGGUCAUGCUGGAGCAACAACAAAUUCAGCAGCCAUCUCCCCCGCCUCCACGAGAGACAUUGUUCAAUUUUGCCACACCAAACUUUUCUCCUUUGCCUAACCAACAGCAGCAAUCACCACCACCACCUUCAUCUGCAGCAUACAAGCAGAAUAAGGCCCCUCCAACACAGGCAUUCAAUUAUACCCGGCCUAAGCAGUUCCUGUCAUCUCAGAGCAGUCUUGCAGCAGUCAGCUCCCCUUCCAGCUCCCCAAUGCCUUCUUUCACCAAUGUAUCUCAAGGAACCCAGAGGACAGCCAACAAGGAAAGCUUCUUAGGAUCUCCUCCACCAUCCCAGACAAAGUCCUCAGGAGGGAUGAUGAACCAAACGGAGCAACUUCUUACAAGUCCCAAAGAAACUGUGUUGCCACCACUAUUGCUUUCUGUAUCCAGCACAAACCAGUUCCAGCCCCAAAACGUGCCUUCUACGCCUCUCUCUCCAACUGGUCGGAUUCAAAACCCAGUGGCCUUCCUUAGUUCUGUCCUUCCUUCACUUCCUUCAACUCCCCCAAAGAAUGCCAUGGGUCUGCCUAAAAGUGCACCAGCUGUAGGAAAUCAGGGAACAGUGAAGAGAAAUCACAGGACUUCCCAUUUGGCAACAGAGGAUUCGAUUAGAGAUCACAAAGCCACUGUAGUAAAAGACUUGGAGAAAAGACUGCACCAACGAGAUGAUGUAUUUUCACAAAGCCUGCAAAGAACGAAUUAUGAUGAAAAUCUGGCUUGCAGGCUUCAGGGACCAAGUAAUGAUGCCACAACUUUCAACUUUACAGCUCAGGAUGUAUCCAAGGAAUACAAAAUCUCCAGCUUUGAGCAGAGGUUGAUGAAUGAAAUAGAAUUUCGACUUGAACGUACACCGGUAGAUGAAUCAGAUGAUGAAAUCGAGCAUGAUGAGAUCCCUACAGGGAAGUGUAUUGCUCCAAUCUUUGACAAGAGACUGAAGCAUUUCCGUGUCUUGGAAGGCUAUCCUGCUGCCUUCACUUGCAAGAUUGUUGGAAUUCCUAUACCCAAGGUAUAUUGGUUCAAGGAUGGCAAGCAAAUUUCAAAGAGAAAUGAACAUUUCCAGAUGAACAGAGAGGGUGAUGGAACUUGCUCUUUACAUAUUGAAACAACUACAAAUGAUGAUGAUGGGAACUACACAAUCAUGGCUGCAAAUCCACAGGGAAGAAUCAGCUGCUCUGGUCACUUGAUGGUUCAGACUCCUCCAUUGCGUGGUAGACUAACAACAGCUGAACAGUCUCACAGGGGGCGUUCACGUAUACCUGAAGGAGAUAAAGAACCCCUACAGGAGCGCUUUUUCCGGCCGUAUUUUCUACAGGCACCUGGGGACAUGGUUGCUCAUGAAGGACGGCUUUGUAGGCUAGACUGCAAGGUAAGUGGCUUACCACCUCCGGAGCUGAUGUGGCUUCUCAAUGGCAGACCCAUAUUACCAGAUAUCACUCACAAGAUGCUGGUCAGAGAAACUGGAGUCCACUCACUACUCAUUGACCCUCUCACACGGAAUGAUGCGGGGACUUACACCUGCAUCGCCACUAAUAAGACGGGGCAAAACUCAUUCAGUCUGGAGCUUAGUGUUGUAGCAAAGGAAGUAAAAAAGGCUCCAGUAAUACUGGAAAAGUUACAGAACUGUGGUGUGCCAGAAGGACAUCCAGUCCGAUUAGAAUGCAGAGUGAUUGGGAUGCCACCUCCUGUCUUUUACUGGAAGAAGGACAAUGAAACCAUCCCUCCCAACAGAGAAAGGACGAGCAUGCACCAAGAUGCUACAGGCUAUGUUUGCCUUUUGAUCCAGCCUGCUAAAAAGGUGGAUGCUGGUUGGUAUACUUUGUCUGCAAAAAAUGAAGUUGGCAUUGUCUCCUGUACUGCUAGAUUGGAUAUCUAUGCUCAGUGGCAUCAACAGAUUCCUCAGCCAAUAAAGAUCCGCCCUGGUGGCACCCGAUAUGCGAGCCUCAGCGGGCAAGGACUUGACAUUUUUUCUGCUUUCUCUCCUGUUGAGACUCCUGUGAGGUUUUCAUCACCGCCCCAGCCAGUGGUAGAAAGUGAAGAACUUUAAAAAGCCGGGGGGAAACCACCUCUGGUUCCAAUCCUACCUGCAAAAAAAAAAUAUUAAAGCAAUGCCAGAACUGUGAACAAGAGUGGAAGGUACAAGCCAGGAGACUCAAGGUUUACAAGCAACAUGUAUUUGUAAAAUAACUGUAAAGUUGCUGAAAUGCAAGACCUUAGUUCAUCCUGAUUCUAUGGGGUCAUUGUGGUAUAGAAUGCACUGCAGUAAGUUCCAUGCUAUGUUGCUUUUUUCUAUGUGUUAUGAAGGAAAGUGACCUAGUUUCCAAAGGUUAAGAUAAAAUGCCAUACCAAAGCUUAAUGCUUGAAUUUAAAAACUCCUGCUCCAUCUUAAAUAAGCAAUGCUAUACAUUUUGAGUGUUCGAUUACCAAUAGAAAUACUGACACUGAUAAUUGGAAAGAAAGUAAAUCACAUAACUUUGAAUAUCAUCUUUUAAUAGUGACUGGUCAUCUCUAAACACUAAGCACUAAUCAAAGGCAAAAAAUAAAUGCUGGAAGAUCUCUUUAAUAGAAAUAGAUAAAAUAAGAGAUCAGACAAACCUGAAAUUAGAAACUGCUAUACAGUAGGGUUUUUUUAAAGUGUGAAUGCAUAUUUCAUGAAUUGCCUACUCAUGGUGCAUUGAAUCCUUUUGUAAGGCACCAUGCAUAUCUUUUGAACGUAACCAUGUGCAAUUGAGGCAGCAAUCCCAUGCUCACUUUCCUAGUAGUAAGCCCUAGUGAGCUCAGUGAGACUUACUUUCAAGUAGGCUGCAUGGGAUUGUGCUAUGAACUUCUAACCCACAAAACACCUAUUAUGUAGACAUUUCAGUUAUCACUGCUAUAUACAUUUUUGAAGUGUGCUUACUUGUUCUUUUUCCAUUUUAGGAAUUCGCUGUUUUGAUCCAACAAAUAGCUUACAUGUUAUUUUUGCUCAAAGAUAUUAAUUUCUUUCACAGUCAGGUGUUUGAUAAUUUUGUGUGUGUGUGUGUGUGUGUGUGUGUGUGCAUGUGUGUAUACACACACACAUAUAUACAUACAAUGUUCCCUCACUUAUCGCGGGGGUUACAUUCCAGAACCACCCGCGAUGAGUGAAAAUCCGCAAAGUAAAGACAGAAGUAGAAAGAGGGAGGGAGGGAGGGAGAGAAGAAGAGAAGAAGAGAAGAAAGAGGCAGGGGAACAUGGCCCCACAUCCUUCUCGUCCCACUGUCGUUUGGGCUCCUUCUCUGCCCCGCCACCUUCACCCAACUGAGACCACCACCAUUGUAAAUUAUAAGUUUUUAUGAUUUAUAAUAUUAUUUUAGUGUUUAUUUAAAAACCAUGAAACAGUGAGGGCACAAAAAACGAACAGCGAAGUAGCAAGGGAACACUGUAUAUAUUUAUAUAAUAUCCAGUGCUCACCCUCUUUUCAGAUGGGUAUAUAACAAUGCCCUCUUUUCAUAAUUGAGUCUUGCUUCCAUCAAAACCAUCUUGGUUCCCAUUCAUCCCAAUUUGAAAUUCUUCAAAACACUUCACUUUCCUCCCCUGCCCUCCCAUUGAUACAUUAACAUACCUCUGAUACACUGAUAUAUUACACUGAGAAGGAGAGAUAACAUGCACACUUUAAAGGAAUUAGUUAAACAUAAUUAGUUGCCUUAAUUUAUUAACCCAAUAACUAAGGGAUAACUAAGGCUGGAUCUGCACUGCCAUAUAAUCCAGUUUCUGAAUCCAGAUAAUCUGCUUUGAACUGGAUUAUAUGCAUCUACACUGCUAUAUAAUCCAAUUCAAAGCAGAUAAUCUGGAUUCAGAGACUGGAUUAUAUGGCAGUAUAAAUGGGACCUCAACUGGAUUACAACUGUAAUGAGGAAUAAUGUCAUUCCUUUUCUUUGGUGUAACCGUAUCUUUUGAUAGUUAUUGGCAUCACUAAAGGAUAGAAGAUGAGUAUCACAUGGUUCAAGCUUUGCCUUGUGUUAUGCUUUAUGCUGAUACCUCAUUCUCUUUUGGAUAUUAUGGUGAUGAAGAGAUAGGAGAAGAGUAUACUUUGUACUACAGGUCACUGGCUUGUAGAAAACAGAUUAAAAAAACAACAACAAAUAUUAGGUUCAUUCUGAUUAAUGGGAAAAUAAAAAACUACUUUAAAAAAUUGGCAUAUUAUCGGAAGAAACACAACCUGGAUAUUUCUAAUAUACAGUCACUAUGACAUACAGUUCUGUUUACCUGUACUUCAGAAUUUCUAUCUAUCUGCUUUUAAAGAGAAAGUUCUUCCUAUCUUGUAGAGCAAAACAUAGCAGGGGUCAAAUCUAAGCUUUAUCUUGCUGAGGCCUAAUUCUAUUGUUAGUCUUGACCAGAGUAGACUCACUGAAUCAGUCUCAACCUACAUGUUGACACACCAUUCAUCAAUUGUGACUGAAUGAAUCUGCUCUGGUUACAACUAACCAAUAGGAUUCUAGCCGUGGAAUGUUUAUAUUACAUUAAUUAUUACCUUUAAUUAUGUCAUACAAAUGUUACUGUACUUCUGUUGCUGUGAAAACUUUUGUGCACAAAGAUGUCACUUUUCUGAAAAUUGCUCUUUGAAAAAACAGGGAACGUGAUUUGUGCCAGGAACAGCCAUCACUGAGAAGUUCAGUUUGUUCAUUGAGUGCAUGUGUUAGAAUAAAUGCUCACAAUCUGACAUUCAUAUAAAUUCAUACAUAAAUCCUAAUGGUGAGGUCCUCAAGGAUAGUCUAAAUAGGUAGGGAGCUAUGUUGAUUCCCCAUCAACAAACAAUAGACGUGAGUCUAAUGGGUCAUAAUUUCCCAUUCAAGGUCAGGUUGACCACAAGUCCUUUGCAUGUCAAAAGGCGUUGCUCAUUUUCGACUGUUGAUGAGGAAAUCCACUUCUAUUUCAGCUUCUGCAGCAAUUGUAGCUGAGGGCAAAUGGAACACUGGGAGGUAGCAAGUAAUAUUACUGUUAUUGCUUAUUGAAUCGUUCUGGCCCCACUACAUAACAGAUAAAUGCACCAAAUUCUACUUAAACUAAAUCAUCUACAUCUAAUUGCCAUCAGUCACUGAUCCAUGUCUGAAGAGGAAAAUAUUUUGGAAUUAUCAGCACUCAGUUGUUUGUGUCAACAUUCAACAAAAAUUGGAAAUUUACUGGAAUAGGAAUCCAUUUAAACUCAGGUUAUUACAGUUAUGUAAUUUUAUCAUCAUGACUGACUUGCCUAAAGGGCUAUUCAAUUAUGAGUCUUAUUAAUGGAGCAGAUAACUUUAUGUGAAAAAUGCUGCUGAAAAACAAGACAGUUUUACUGCCAGAGUUUUCUUCUGCAUUAAAUUGUGCGAUUUCUUCUUUUUCAUUUCAGUCAACCAAAAGGAUCUAGACUUAUUUGGUACAGAAAAAAAAAAUCAUUAGUCUUAUACAGUAAAAGUUUUCAAAAGGACCUAAUGUUAAUGUUAACAGAGGGAUCAAAUUACCUGUAAAGUUUUCACUUAGGAUGUAAUAAAACGUGCUCAACAAACAUGCAACACAGAUAUUCAACAAAAUAGAAUACCCCUAAAAUGAAUGUAUACAAUCCAAUCGUUUCUGCCUAACAGAAGAAAUUUCCCUCUCCAUGCUGGAGCUCCUUAUAACCUGAACCUUUUCGAAAGGGCUACGUCCCCAAAACAGAUCUAGGGAAAGUGCAAGCAGCUGUGGUGGGAAGAAAACAAAAAAGUUGGUUGUACGUGCCGAAGACCCAUUUAACCCAAUGGCAGGAUUUUUUUAAAGUUAUCUUUUCACACAGGUUGUUGGAGUACUUUCAAUUGGACACUAAAGACGAGAGAUCCAAGCCACAGCUCUUUUACUAGCCAAAGCAAAAUGAGGGUGACCAACAAAGAAAAAUUUGUGCCACAAGAUCUGAGAUGCAGCUCGGUAAUUUUAUAGUUAGAACUUUUUGAGCACCUACAAAAUUCAGUGAACAUUUUCUUUCUUUUUUUCUCUCUUAUCAGAAGGCACAAGGAUUCCUCAGUAGCUCGCGUUCCUUCUCAGUAGCUUACAUUCCCCCUCUCUCCUUCCCCUUCCUGCUGAGUUCUCUGUUUUCAGGUAGUAUUUUUCCCUUCAAGGCCCUCUUUUUCUCUCUUCAGGUCAUAAGGUCCUCCUGUUGAACCAUUCUCCCAUUUUCAUCUCCUCAAUUGCCUAAGACUCCUUCUAUGCUCUGUUUUGUCUAGCAGAGACUGGAAGAGUGAGCUUCAGAUCCUCUUCACAAAUCCUCCAUUUCCCCCUCUCUCUUAAAACUUCAUUCUUAUAAAAUUCACACUUAUAAAAUUUCAUGUUAGCAUCUGUUUCUUUUCUGAGCUUCUACAUGGUCUUUUCUGACUAUACAUUAAAGAAUAGAAUAUUCUAUGUGAGAAUAUAAGGAAAUCAAACCAUUGCUUCCAAGAUCUGAGUUUGUUUCUUACACAGCAAUCCAAAUCUUAGAUUGUCUGUUCCAGUAAAACAGCAGUUCUUAACCUGGGGUCCCCAGAUGUUUUUGGCCCACAACUCCCAGAAAUCCAAACCAGUUUACCAGCUGUUAGGAUUUCAGGGAGUUGAAGGCCAAAAACAUCUGGGGAUCCCAGGUUGAGAACCACUGCAGCAAAGGAUGAUACAGUCAGCAAUCCAUCGCUUGAUUUUCUUUAAAAAAAAUACUUCCAAAAGGAGAAUAUUAAUUUUGCCAUUUUAUAUAAGAAAAACCAUUUUACUAAGCCAUUUAAUAUAGUGAGACUGGAGUAUCCAUGAAUUGUGGUGUACACAGGGGUUCUGGAACCAAAUGCCAGCAGAUACUGAGGGCUCAUUAUGUAUGUGAUACUCACCACUCUAGCACCAGAGCACCAGAAACAGCACACCAUGGAUGUAUGGCAAUGAAUGCCUUUAAUUUCACCAACCAGAGCCCCUUCUUGAUGUUUUUUUUCUAUUGAACGCACAAGUGAACAUAAAGAACCAUAGGAGUGUUGACAUACCGAUAUUUGCGAACUGAAAAUAUUUCUUUAAACAAAGGCUAAUCGAUCAAUGUCUGCUUCAAAAUAUAAUUUUAAGAAAUGCAAUGUAUAGUAAAGAAAUAUACUUAUCUGGCUGUUUUGAAACACAGUUGUCUAAAAAUGGGUUUCACAUACCUUCUGUAAGCAGUAACUGAUUAAUAACAAGGAUACAUGAAUGUGUUGUUGUAUCUGUUAAAUGCAAUAAUGCAUGAGUCAGUGACCUUAUAUUCUGCAGUAUGAAGUUAUUUUUCCAUUGAAAUUGGGUUGUUAAAAUUCUGAUGAUAUAUGAAGGUGUAUACCCUCCAUAGUCAUGCAACUUCCAUAGGGGUCAGGGAGGGGGAUAAAGAGUACAAUUUAUAAGUAUGUUUUAAAUGCUUAAAAGGGAAAUGUUGGACUGUUCAGAAAAUGUAUUUUCCCUUGUCCGUUCAAUAAAGCUUCAGAGUUGCAUUA